AUGGGUGAUCAUUCCAAUAGGAGUAUGGAAGAGAAUGGGCCUACUGAUGGAUUUAAUAAAGCCCAGGAAGAGAAUGGGCCUACUGAUGGAUUUAAUAAAGCCCAGGAAGAGAAUGGGCCUACUGAUGGAUUUAAUAAAGCCCAGGAAGAGAAUGGGCCUACUGAUGGAUUUAAUAAAGCCCAGGAAGAGAAUGGGCCUACUGAUGGAUUUAAUAAAGCCCAGGAAGAGAAUGGGCCUACUGAUGGAUUUAAUAAAGCCCAGGAAGAGAAUGGGCCUACUGAUGGAUUUAAUAAAGCCCAGGAAGAUAAUGGGCCUACUGAUGGAUUUAAUAAAGCCCAGGAAGAUAAUGGGCCUACUGAUGGAUUUAAUAAAGCCCAGGAAGAUAAUGGGCCUACUGAUGGAUUUAAUAAAGCCCAGGAAGAUAAUGGGCCUACUGAUGGAUUUAAUAAAGCCCAGGAAGAUAAUGGGCCUACUGAUGGAUUUAAUAAAGCCCAGGAAGAUAAUGGGCCUACUGAUGGAUUUAAUAAAGCCCAGGAAGAUAAUGGGCCUACUGAUGGAUUUAAUAAAGCCCAGGAAGAUAAUGGGCCUACUGAUGGAUUUAAUAAAGCCCAGGAAGAUAAUGGGCCUACUGAUGGAUUUAAUAAAGCCCAGGAAGAUAAUGGGCCUAGUGAGUAA